AUGGAGAUACGGUCGUCAGUCUAUGUUAUUCUUCUCAUCGGUUCGGCACACGCAUCGGGCUGGUUUGGCACCGACCGUGAGUACAGCAAAUGGUCUCAUUCCGAACUGCGCUCCUGGCUUGAAGACCACCACAUCAAGGUUCCUUCUCGUUUUGAUCAAUCCCAGCUUCAUGAUCUCGUAGCGGCGAACUGGGCUUCCCCUCCCCCUUCACCCCCGUCUUCGGCUGAACAGUCUCGUGCCUACGUCGACGCAGGCAGACAGUGGAGCUAUGAUAAAUACACUCGUUCCCAGCACGCAUUCCAGGACUUGAAGGAUAAUUCUUUCGAUACAUGGGAUGAAAGCCAGUUGAGAGCGUUUCUGCUCGAGCAUGGCGUGGUAGCGCCUUCUGGACCCCGCGAGCAGCUCGUUUUGCUUGCUAAACAGAAGUAUCGCUCCUAUACCGACGCUGCAUCAUAUUACUCUUCCAUUGCGGUCGCAACCGCCACUUCAGCCUACUCCGAUGCUUCAGAUACAUUAUAUGAAGCGUCAAAAAGCGCGAGUAGCAUCGUAGCUCAGGCUACGCAGGAAGUUGGCCGUACUUUCGACGAGAGCAAGGAUUACGUCUACUCGACUUGGGAUGACAACCGUCUCAGAUCUUGGCUCGAAGAUCACGGGGUAGUUGAGGCUGGACAAGCUAGCACCCGUGCUGAGCUCAUAAAGCUUGCCAACGACUACUACCGUAAUUCUUCAGAGCCGGUCUGGAAUACCUGGAGCGACUCGUAUAUGCGCGAAUGGCUGAUUUCGCAUAACCUUCUUUCACCUUCCGAUACUGCAUCCCGCUCUACCUUGCUUGGAGAGAUGAAGAAGUACUAUUACUCCUUAUCCGACAAGGUUUGGAGUACUUGGUCCGACAGCAAGUUAAAAUCUUGGGUGGUCAGCCAUGGUCUUCUUAAGAGUGACGCCCAAAAGAAGCAUGAUGAACUGGUGAAGAUGGUCGAAGACAACUACUCUUCUGCCUCCGAUACCAGAUUUCGCCGAUGGCUUUCUGAGCACGGAUACGUUGAUGAUAAAACCGCCGCACAGAAAAAGCGUGACGAGCUCCUGAUCUUGAUCGACGAACAAUAUAACGACGCUUCUGCGCGCACUGCUGCAUAUCUCGUGUGGCCGGAUGCUCGCCUGCGUCUCUACCUUCGUGAGCAUGGUAUCAGCGAAGCUGCACUACCCACGAGUAGGCCCGGGUUAUUGCAGGAGACUCGCAUUCGCUGGGUUCAGGCAUCUGACCGUGCUGACACGAUCUUAACGAAAUUGAAGGAAAUCGUCAACAGCAGCGUAGGCGCGGUGGAAGAUAGAUUGGCUAGAAUUCUCGAGCUCCUCAGUGGUCAUUCGCACUGCGCUUCCGAGAAGGCUGGUGAGACCCGUAGCACGUGGUACUGGUGCUCGCAGAAGGGCAAUGAGGUGAAAGGUAAGGGCAGCGAUUAUGCGGAGUGUGCCAAGAAGAAGGCGGAGGAACAGGGAUAUGAUGAGAAAGUGAAAGGUGCAGGCGAAAGCAUCAAAUGGGGCGGGGAGAAGGUGAAGAGUGCUGGUGAUGAGCUUUAGAAAUCGGACUGACUGUUGAAUCGUUCUACACGACAAGAGAAAGUACCUAGUAAUCUUGUAGUGUUGUACACUGUAUUUUGUAUCAUUCCCAAUGUAUGACUGCCCUUCAUCGUUGUGA